CUUUAUCUAGAUUCCAGUUAUUAUACCUGUAUUGUAUUCAUUGUUUGUUUACUAUUAAAAAGCUUUCAAAUUGGAGAUAAUUUUUCAUAGACAGUUGUGAUUUUUAACUUUUGACUUUUUUUGUAAUUUUUAAUUAACAAUGUCUGACGCUAAUCAAAUAGAAUCUGAUGAUGCAUCAAGUAUAGAUAGUUCAACAACUGACAGAACAUCACGAAGUCACACACCCGCCAAACGUGGUCGACAGAAGAAAUCUAAACCUUCCAAUAAUACAAAGAAUGUAAAACUUCAGUACAAAUUCUCAUGUGCCUUAAGAGAAGACCAUGGUCAAUCAUUGUUUGGUGUUCAAUUUAAUCACUUGCUGAAUGAUGAUCAACCGUCGAUAUUCGCUUCAGUGGGAAGUAACAGAGUAUCAGUCUAUCAGUGUUUAGAUGAUGGAAGUAUAAAUUUGUUGCAAAGCUAUGCAGAUCCUGACUCCAAUGAAACAUUUUAUACCUGUGCUUGGUCACUAGAUGAAAAUGGUAAACCACUCCUUGCAGUUGCUGGCAAUCGGGGCAUCAUUCGUAUUAUUAGUCCUGCUACCAUGUCUUCUAUUCGGCAUUACAUUGGUCACGGACAAGCAAUUAACGAACUUCAGUUUCACCCAAUCGAUACUAACAUGUUACUGUCUGUGUCUAAAGAUCAUACCUUGCGCUUAUGGAAUAUCAAAAGUGAUGUGUGUAUUGUAAUUUUCGGUGGAGCUGAAGGACACAGAGACGAAGUACUCUCGGCGGACUUCAAUAUUGAUGGAACAAGAAUCAUGUCAUGUGGAAUGGACCAUUCAUUAAAAUUGUGGAGUUUAGAAAAAGAUUAUAUUCAAGAUUCCAUCAAACAGUCUUAUUCGUUCAAUCCAAAUAGAUCGGCUCGACCUUUUGAUACUAUCAAAGAGCAUUUCCCAAUAUUUUCAACUCGAGAUAUACAUAGAAACUAUGUAGAUUGUGUUCGAUGGAUCGGCGAUUACGUCAUUUCUAAAUCAUGUGAAAACUGUAUGGUUUGUUGGAAACCUGGUCAUUUAAAAGAUAACGAAUUAAAACCAAAUGAUACCGCAGUGUCACAGAUAUGGUAUUACGAUUUUAAAGACUGUGAUGUAUGGUUUAUUCGAUUUUCUAUGGACUUCUCACAAAGAAUACUAGCACUUGGUAAUACUAUCGGUAAAAUAUACGUGUGGGAUUUGAAUUCCAAUGAUCAAGCAUCAAUGCGCGUAACUACUCUAGCUCAUCCUAAAUGUAAUACAGUAAUUCGUCAAACUACAUUUAGCCGUGACGGAAAUAUUCUAAUAUGUGUAUGUGAUGAUGGUACUAUUUGGCGUUGGGAUAGAAUGCAUAAUGUGUAAAAUAAAAAAAUAAAAACGUGGAUGUAAUUAUAACUUAGAAUUAUUUUUAUUAUAUUUUAUUUGUGUAUUAUAAAUAAUAUUUUGUAAUGCAUUUA